GAAUAUAGAAGUAAUGGAGCUGCAUUCUUUGGUUAUCACUAUACUGAAGAAUAUAAAUGCUUUUCUAAAUAUUUAUCUAUAGCUCAAAUAUUUGAUUCUCUUGAAAUUGAUAACAAAGUAAGACCAGAAUUAAACACAAAUUGUUUAAUAUAUGCUUUACAACAAGCUAAAAUAGAUGAUAAAAUUAUUGAUUUAUAUCAUCUUCAUUGUUAUUCUAGAUAUCAGCGAAUUAAGUUAAUUGAUGAAGUAUCUAAAUCAUGUAAUAUUAGAAUUCAAAUAAAACAUGAAGAAACAAUACUUAAAUCUAAUGCAAACACUAUAAUGAAAUAUAUAGGUUCGGAUAAUAAAGAUGCUAAACAAAUUAAUAUGUAUUUAUUUAGAGAUAAUAAUAUGAAAGGUAAUCACUAUUUCUUAGAUGUUGAUUUACCAAUUACUCCAUUUUAUCUUAAAAAUAGAGAAGAAAUGAAUAAAUGGGCAAUUGAUCAUAAUAAAAGUAUAGAAUCUAUGUUCAAUAAGCAACGUUAUAAUAAAAAUAAACAAUGUUAUCAAGUUAAAGAUAAAAAUCAAUACACAAUUAAAUUAUCUGAACUUGUUUUAUAUAUUAGAGAUCAUAAUGUUAAAGACAUAAAAUUAGAUGAAACACCUAAAAAAUGCAAAUCUAAACAAGUGACAUAUUACUAUGCUGAUUUUGAAGCAAGUACUCAAGGUAUUCAUAAAGCUUAUUGUGUUUGCUAUUCUAAACGGGAUUCUAAUAUAAUUAAUUGUAAAUAUGGAGAUGAUUGUGUAUUUGACUUUUUAUCAGAUUUAGAUUCAAAUUCAGUAGUUUACUUUCAUAAUUUAAAAUAUGAUUGCUGUUUCUUAGCUAAAUAUGGAAUAAACACAUGUAUUAAGAAAGAUAGUAAAACCAUGAAAAUGACAUCAAAUUAUAACGGAAAGCACUUGAUAAUUAAAGAUAGUUAUUCAAUGAUUUCUGCUCCAUUAUCAUCUUUUCCAAGUAUGUUUAGUUUAUCUGGUAUUCAAAAAGAGAUUUAUCCAUAUAACUACUAUACUCAAGAAAGAAUUCAAAAUAAUGUUGGUACCAUAUCAGAAUCUGGUGAAUAUGAAUGUAAGAAAUGGAAUGAAGAACAAUAUAAACUAUUUAAUGAAAAUAUCGAUAAAAUAGAAAAUUGCAGAAUUGAUGAAAAUCAUUAUAACAUGAAAUUGUAUUGUAGAUUCUACUGUAAACAAGACGUAAGAAUAUUAAAAGAAGGGCAUAUCAAAUUUAGAAAUGAUAGUUUAAUUAGUUUAAGCAUAGAUCUGGAUAAAUUUAUUAGUAUAUCUGCUUUAGCUAAUUACUAUUUCAAAAUACAUGUUUAUACUAAAAUUCCAAAUCUUAAGCAAUAUGGUGGUAAAAUAAGAGAAUAUAUACAAGGUGCAGUAUAUGGAGGAAGAAAUAUGUGUAGAGAUAAUAAGAAAUGGCACAUAACAGAUGUAUUAUAUGAUUAUGACGCAUGUUCACUAUAUCCUAGUGCAAUUCAUAGAUUAAAAUUGGCUACUGGUAAACCAAUAGUAAUACCAAAUGAAUUUCUAAAUUCUUCCAUAUUGGAUCAUCUAAUGUUAGAACAGCAAUUAGAGCAAACAAACGAGCGUUAUAUAUCAGCAUUUAUUGUAGAUAUAGAAAUAACUAAAGUUAAUAAAGAAUUGCAUUUUCCUAUAAUCUGUAAAAAGACUUAG